AUUCUUAUUUAUAUUAAUAAUAAUGGACAUCGAUGUCGAUAAAAUAAUUGAAAAACUUUUAGAAAGCAAAGGAGCUAAAUCAGGAAAGCCUGUAAAUCUAACGGAAAAUGAAAUUCGUUCUUUGUGUAUAAAGAGUAGAGAGAUAUUUUUAAGUCAACCAAUGUUGCUAGAAUUGGAAGCUCCAAUAAAGAUAUGUGGUGAUAUACAUGGGUAAUACACCGAUUUGUUGAGGCUGUUUGAAUAUGGAGGGUUUCCACCGGAGGCAAAUUAUUUAUUUUUAGGAGAUUAUGUUGAUAGAGGGAGACAAUCAUUAGAAACAAUCUGUUUGUUGUUGGCUUAUAAGGUAAAAUACCCUGAAAACUUCUUUUUAUUGAGAGGUAAUCAUGAAUGCUCAUAAAUAAAUCGUAUAUAUGGGUUCUAUGAUGAAUGCAAAAGAAGGUACAAUAUAAAAUUGUGGAAAACCUUUACUGAUUGUUUUAAUUGUUUGCCAGUAUGCGCAGUGAUAGAUGAGAAAAUCAUUUGCAUGCAUGGAGGUCUUUCACCAGAGUUAACAAAUUUGGAAUAGAUUCACAGAAUAAUGAGACCAAUAGAAGUACCAGAUACAGGAUUGUUGUGCGAUUUAUUAUGGUCAGAUCCAGAGAAGGAUCUUCAAGGUUGGUAAGAUAACGAGAGAGGAGUUUCCUAUAUAUUCGGAACUGAUGUGAUAGCUAAUUUCUUGAAGAAAAAUGAUAUGGAUUUGGUUUGUAGAGCCCAUUAAGUUGUAGAAGAAGGAUACGAAUUUUUCGCAAAAAGGCAAUUGGUAACACUAUUUUCAGCUCCAAACUAUUGUGGGGAAUUUGAUAAUUCAGGUGCAUUGAUGAGUGUGGAUGAAACGUUGAUGUGUUCAUUUCAAAUUCUAAAAUCAUAAGACAAAAAGAAUGUUCCAUAAGGUAGACCAAGAACACCCAAAUACGUUAAUUGAUAUAAUAAUAAAUGUUAUUUAAGAUAGAAAUUAAACUUAUUUAAAA